ACACAGGGCGCUGCGAUGGCGGCCUGGCCGGGCGGGUUCUCCUCACCGCUGCUCGUGCUGCUGGCGGUGUCGCUGCCUGGCAUCAAGCCGCAGGACUGGAUCGCGGCCGCCCGCGUCCUGGUAGACGGCGAGGAACACGUCGGCUUCCUCAAGACAGAUGGAAGUUUUGUGGUUCAUGAUAUACCUUCUGGAUCUUAUGUAGUCGAGGUAAUAUCCCCAGCUUAUAAAUUUGAACCAGUUCGAGUAGACAUCACUUCAAAAGGCAAAAUGAGAGCAAGAUAUGUAAAUUACAUCAAAACCUCUGAAGUUGUCCGGCUGCCAUAUCCACUUCAGAUGAAAUCUUCUGGCCCCCCUUCUUACUUCAUAAAGAGAGAGUCUUGGGGAUGGACAGACUUCCUAAUGAACCCUAUGGUGAUGAUGAUGGUUCUUCCAUUACUGAUAUUUGUAUUAUUGCCUAAAGUUGUGAACACCAGUGAUCCUGAUAUGAGGCGGGAAAUGGAGCAGUCAAUGAAUAUGCUGAAUUCCAAUCAUGAACUGCCUGAUGUUUCUGAAUUCAUGACGAGACUUUUCUCUUCAAAAUCUUCUGGCAAGUCUGGCAGUGGUGGUAGUAAAGCAGGAAAAAGUGGUCCUGGAAAAAGGAGGUAGUUGUUUCUUCCUCCUUGGCCUGAAUUUGCACAAUUGUUUGUUACAUGGUAUCAUCUGUAUGUCUUGCAAAGUUAAAAAGCCACUAUUGUAAACCUUAUCUGACAUGAAAAAAAUGACCUGCUACUACUGUUGUAUGUGGUGUAGCUUUUUUAGUGUAUUUAAGCUGUUUUGUACUAGGCAGCAAGCAAAAGAGGACCUGGCUUCAAUACUCUUAUCUGUGUAAAGUCAUUAUUAAUGAUACUGAAUUAACUACCUUGCUCUGUAGAGAAUGACAUUAAAGUAAUUAAAUUGUAUAAAGUACUAUACAUUACUGAAUAAGUCUUAAUCCCAAGAUUGAUUCAGUAUGUGUAAAAAGUGGUUGCAAAGAACCUAGAGGCCACUUUUAAAAAUGGACUUAAUACUAUUUUAUAAUCUGUUCACUUCUGAAAUGUAUAAAACUACCCUUAAGCUCUGUCAGGUUAAUUCUGGAUCCCCAAUAUUCAUACAAUAAGGAACAUAGUUCAGGUCCUUCCAUUUAUAUUGAAUGCAUUUUUUCCCCUGAAAUAUAGUUGGGUCUUGCUGAUUUUCUUACUAGGUGUGGUAUUAGUCUGGCCAGUUAUCAGACUUGAAGCCAAGUACAAAACUUUAAAAGCCAAUUUUGUUACUGUAUUUUCAGUUUUACUCCCAUGUUUAUACUGUUCCCAUCAAACAGUAUACUAGAAUAUGAUUACAUUAUAAGGUUUCUUGGGCUAUACACGGUCACUUGGGAAAAAUUAGUUUUUUAUUGUGACAUAAUAGGCUGUGCUAUAGUAAUUCAUUCAUUUAUUCUGAAUGAAGGGACUCUUUUCAAGCUACUCUGUUACGUUCAGGUGGUGUAUACAUUUGACAAUUCUCCACGUAAUGAACACUUGUAUGGUUAAAAUUUAAGGAACUCCUGUUUUACCUCCUUAGUGCCUCUGUCUUUCAUUUUUGAGCUCUGUCACAAAUAAUUAUUUUGGGCUAAACCAAACAUUUACUGUGAUAUAAAUCCUGUCCUGAACAUUUUUAUUUAUUGAAAGAGCCCAACAUGUUAGUUAUUCUUAAAAUACCUAUUUCAGUUGGUUAUUCUUUUUGCAAUUCAGCUUUUCUCAUUGUUCACUGAUGUCAUAAGUAGGAGCACCCAUGCAUAGGGGAAGGUGUAUCUGAUAUCAAAACAAUAUUUAAAGUUUGGCCACUAAAAGCAAAGCAAAGUCAAUCCUGAUGCUCAUUUGCCAGUUUUAAUAGGCAUUUUCCAAACUGCAAGCUCAACAAAUGUUUAUGAAGAUGGAUUUAUCCAGUCUCUCAAGUUUUAACAUUGCAGCAUGAUGAAAUGUAUGUUGAUGGAUGCUUUAACUUAGUAAAAACAUGGUUUAAAGUACUUAGCUGAAAAUUGCUGAUUUCAACUGUGCUUGGAAUAACAGAGCUGAUUAAACAUUCAGUUCACUUUUCCAUCUGUCCACUCACCCAUUAAAGGUUAGAUUUUAAUAAACAUUAAACUUAAGCAGCCAGUAGGCAGCAGGAGGGGAAAAUAUCAAUUAUCUUAUGGUACAUAUUUAUAGCUGUGAAACAUAAAGGCUAGAAAAAAUAAAUACUUGUUCACAUGAUCAAGUUAACACUUAAGCUGUGGGAGGGAAAUAAACAGCUGUCUCUUUCAGCUGAGCAUAAAGAGUUUACAGUCUUUCAAAAGGAAAUUGUGGGUAGUAUAUUUAUUUUACAUAAGAAAAAGCUCUUUGCGAUAAGUAUUCCAAUAUUGUCUGGUAACAGAAGGUUGCUGAAAUAAGGCCUUAGCUGUUCCCUGGAUUCAUAUUGCUUCCAUAAAAAUUGAGCUGUAAUAUGCUAAACCACCUGCCACAACAGCACUUUAAUAAAGGACUUGUAAAAAUACAUGGAAUUUGCUCUUGCAGUGGGUGAAGCUCUGGACAUAGAAAUCAGGGUUCUAGCUGUGGGAUUCCCAAUAUGCCCCUAGAUACAAAAGCCAUGGUUGGAGGAACUGAGGAUUUCUCUCACUGAAUAAAUGGUAUGAUGGUUAA